CAUUCGUCCAUAAACCCUCAAAAUCACAAACCAAAACCCAAUAGAAGAAGAACAACAACAAACAAAUAAAAACCCCAAAAACAAAACUCUAAAUGGCGACCAAUUACUUCCUUCCUCUGUUUCUUUCUCUUAUCAUCUCCUCUGUUUCAGCUAAUUUUCAAAGAGACGUCGAGAUAACUUGGGGAGAUGGACGUGGACAGAUCAAGAACAAUGGAGAGCUUCUCACUUUAUCUCUUGACAAAUCCUCUGGAUCUGGUUUCCAGUCCAAAAACGAGUACUUGUUUGGUAAAAUCGACAUGCAAAUGAAGCUCGUCCCUGGAAACUCCGCAGGAACAGUCACUACACUCUACCUGAAAUCACCUGGAACAACAUGGGACGAGAUUGACUUCGAGUUUUUAGGGAAUCUAAGUGGAGAUCCUUACACACUUCACACGAAUGUCUACACACAAGGCAAAGGAGACAAAGAACAGCAAUUCAAACUCUGGUUCGACCCAACAGCUGAUUUCCACACUUACACGAUUCUGUGGAACCCACAACGAAUCAUCUUCACCGUCGAUGGAACUCCGAUCAGAGAAUUCAAGAACAUGGAAUCUGUAGGCACUCUGUUUCCCAAGAACCGACCAAUGAGGAUGUACUCUAGUCUCUGGAACGCAGAUGACUGGGCCACGAGAGGUGGUUUGGUGAAAACCGAUUGGUCUAAAGCUCCUUUCACUGCUUCGUACCGUGGAUUCAACCAAGAGGCUUGCGUUUGGUCUAAUGGCAAGUCUUCUUGUCCAAGUGGCUCGAAACAGGGGACUACUGGCUCGUGGCUGUCACAGGAGCUUGACUCAACUGCUCAAGAGAGGAUGAGAUGGGUGCAGAGAAACUACAUGAUCUAUAAUUACUGUACCGAUUCGAAAAGGUUCCCUCGAGGCCUUCCUAAAGAGUGCUUAGCUGCGUAGAGAGUAAAGAGUUGAGAAGAGAAACAAAAAAGUCUAGUUUAUUAUUUUUUCUUUGUUGGUUAUGAAAAUUCUUUUGUUUUUAUUGGUAGAUCACAUGAAUUAUAUUGAUUCGUUUGUACUAAUUUGUUAAUGCAAUAUUCUCUUUGUUACAACAAUAUAUCUUUUUUCACU